UCAACUUAUAAUUCUCCCAAUUAAAAGAGAAAGCAACUGCACUUCACCUCUUCACCACCGCCGAUCUGAUUAGUAGAAUUCUGCCAAAAAUGGUUCUAAAAAGAGUUGAUCACCCUUCCUCUAUGAUGACAAACUUCCUCCGGCGCUGCGGCGGCUCCGCCGUCCUGGACGGCGGCCUUGCGACGGAGCUGGAACGCCACGGCGCUGACCUCAACGAUCCUCUGUGGAGUGCCAAGUGCCUCUUAAGCUCCCCUCAUCUUAUUAGAAGGGUUCACUUGGAUUACCUUGACGCAGGAGCAAAUAUAAUUAUAUCUUCAUCUUAUCAGGCCACUCUUCAAGGUUUUGAAGCAAAGGGAAUUUCAAGAAAAGAAGGCGAAGCGUUGCUAGAAAAAAGCGUAAAGAUCGCUUGUGAGGCUCGGGAUAUAUACAAGGAGAGAGCGACCAAGGGGCUGUGGGAUGUCUCUGCAACGCGUGAUCAUGAACAAGCCCCCAUUUUGGUCGCUGCAUCUGUCGGAAGCUAUGGCGCCUAUCUCGCCGAUGGCUCCGAGUAUAGUGGGAAUUAUGGAGAUAGGGUGAGUUUGGAUAGUCUGAAAGAUUUCCAUCGGAGAAGGGUUCAGGUUUUGGCUGCGUCCGGGGCUGACCUCAUUGCGUUCGAGACCAUUCCAAACAAGCUCGAGGCCAAGGCAUACGCUGAGCUUCUAGAAGAAGAGGGUGUCGAGAUUCCAGCCUGGUUUUCCUUCUCUUGCAAAGACGGAGCAAAUGUGGUGAGCGGUGAUCCAAUUGAAGAAUGCGCUGCCAUUGCUGAUUCUUGUGAGCAAGUCUUUGGAGUUGGAAUCAAUUGCACUGCACCAAGAUUUGUUCAUCAACUCAUCCAGUCUAUACAAAAGGCAACAAAUAAAGCUAUUCUCAUAUAUCCCAACUCUGGUGAGACUUAUGAUGCAAAUACAAAGGAAUGGGUGAAAUCAAGUGGAGUUUCGGAUGUGGAUUUCGUGUCAUAUGUGAAGAAAUGGAGGGAGGCAGGGGCAUCCCUAGUGGGAGGGUGCUGCAGAACUACGCCCAAUACCAUUAGAGCUAUUUCCAAGGCUCUCUCUAACAAUUGACAGACUCUACUCUAAUGCUUCCUUGUUUUUGGCUUAUCUUUGUAACUUGUAUGUAUUUAUAAAUCAACUUUUCGUGUGUAAUAAAAGGGAAGCACUAUCUGCUGA